AUAAAUUCGUCCUGGGGCAAUAUCAUUUGGUACUGUAUUCAUUGAUGACUCAGAAAUUGGAAGACUCAAGUGAUUUGUGCUGUGCUGCGAGGCACGCUGUGGCCUCCGGUGUUCUGGCCAGAACCUAUUCUAUCAGAGCGAGGUAUGGAUUCUGCGUCAACGGUCGCAUUGGCUGAACGUUAUGUUCAAAGAGACAAUCAACGGCCAGUUAUAGACUGUCUCUUCGCUACUGGAUGCAGCAGACAGCAACGAACCUGGGUUGCACUUACAAGCGGGUCAAGUUCGAAACGGCUCGCAGCGCUUGCUGAAACGAGGCAGCAGCAGGAAAGGAAUCUAUCAAUUGUGAGCCUGUCGUCGCCGCUAGAAGAACGUCUGAUACGACGCCUGCGAUGACGGCCCAACGACAGUCGGGCUCUACCGCCCCGCUGGCUGCGAAGGCAACUGGAUCUUCGCAAAAGUCUUUGGAUGGCCUUCCGGUGUUUUGCCUACUACAUGGAGACAAUGAAUCGGGACCGUACUUGCCUCUUGGUAUGGCAAACGGCGAUGGCAGGCUGAAUAGCGCCUUUUUUUACGAUGCAAAGGCUCACGUUUUGAAGGAGAUAGGGCUUAACCUUCACACUCCCACGCGAGUGUAUACGCUGCCUGACUCCUGCCGAGGCUUGAGUGAAGGGAACGGCUGCGUUUUUCGGUCCGGGACUGCGGCAAGCAUAGAAGCAACAGGGACUGGAAAAAAACGUUCGAGGGAGGGACUUGUUAACUCCUACGAUGCUCUCCGGGACGAAGGCGAUCCGCCUGCGGAAUCACUAACGUGUAUUUUGGCGCGAGGUCAAGGCUUACACAGGCUCAGUGCGUCAGAACGUGGUCUUGGUAACCUAGCGCUCAAGGAUGAUGCUUUCCUUUCGAUUGAGGAAGAUAUUGUGCACGUGGCUCCGCUACCGGCGAUCGGUAGGGCAGGAUCCAAGGGAGGAUCCGGUAUGCAGCUCUGUCUUGCAGUCACGUCCGCAGCGACAAGAGCGCCAAAACAGACGGAUGAGCAAUCUGAACGUCAGGUGGAACUGCGGUGCCACCUGGUGUCCUGCUCACCUUUUUCGGUUCUUGCCAGCUGCACAGUGGGUCAGUGCCCGCUCCGCGCUUGUCAUGGGGAAGGAGGAGACCAGGUAUCUUCGGCACAGCGAAAGAAGGGCUCACCCGGACACAGGAACCACAAGAAUAACCCUUCGUCUGCGUAUCGUGUUGGUGUCAGUAAUUUGAUGCUUGACGGGGGUCGCAUUCACGUCGUUCUAUUUGUUGGCGUGGACGCCGACGACAUGGACUGUCUGUACGCGCCGCUAGACAUAGUUUAUGAAGACUCUGGCUUUGCAGUACGGCCGGCUUCCCCGAAUCUUGCCGAACACGGCGAAGGCGACAAGUGUGACAAGAAGCUGGGCCAAGUUCUCCCUCCACGUGGGGUAGUGAAAUCCGGCGCUGGUUGGCGGGUUCGGCCCUGCUAUGAACCGAUGCACGAGAUGUGUGCAGCUUCGACGUCCGCCGGCUCCAUCACCAGCCGACUGGGGUCGAGGCAUGCCGGUCGAUUGUCCGGCGAGGAGAAACUACUUGUGACUGCCGAAGACGGUUCCGAGUUCCAGGUACUCGCUUACCACCGGCCAACGUGUUCCUUCGUCCCGACCAGACGCUUUCGCCGCUCACUACCCCCCGGAGACACUGAUGGCACACAGCGAGGGGGUGUUGUUCUCUUGAACGCUGAUUUGUGCUUGGAGUGGCAGUGGAGCAAAUCUUGGUGCAAAGUCAUUUUGCGGGAGACGUCAUGGGGCGUUCCCUGUUCGUCUAUUCUUCGUCUUGAGCUGCCGGCAUCUGCCAUUGGAACAGUGCCUUCGUUGCUUCCUGGGAGUUCAUGGAAUACGCCACCGUUCCUAGUGACCGUGCUGUGGCAAACACGGAAUGCAGUCUUCUCCACUCCGCUUUCCGUUCCGUCACUUCGCGCUUCCAACACCGUCGGAGCUUUGGCGGAAGUUCCUUUUAAUGAUAUUGACGAAGUGAAUAACUCGAAAGCGAAACGGAGUCAUCAGAACGAUGAUUUAAUCCUCGCCGCCGCGGUAGUUACUGACGACAGAGACCGACAGCUGUGUCGGAGCUUGCUUCACUUGUGCCACCAGCCGAGUCGGAAUGGGGCAGCUUCUGUGGAACCGAAUGCGUUCUUGAACGCGUUGAGACAGCACAAAAAUGGCCGCAACGAAAUCGAAAACGGGAUCUGUCGCUUUCUUCGGAGCGGCAUGUUGCCGGCAUCUUCAAGUUUGGUAUCUUUUGUGAUCCAGUUCGAACUGGAAAGAGCAGCUGAGUGCUGCUGUACAGACCCUGGCAUUCAUGAACGUGACAUUGUCCGUCUCCUCCGUUGGCGUCCCGAGGUGUUUUUGCCGGUUGUUCUGCACCGCACGCCGCAUCUGUCGAAACCGCUUCUGAUUCAAGCCUUCCAAGAACUCCUGGUGCAGGAACGGGGACAACACUUGGUCUCCGUGCUGCGGAUGCUUCAGCAGCUCCUUUCCUGGUUGGAGCUGUACAGCAAUGCUGCUUCGCAACAAGACGAGCAGAAGACAGAGAAAGCUCCUUCGCUUGAUCUUCUCCUUGACUUCGUGACUGUCCUUGCUGAUGCAGAAUUGCCGAAAUCGUUCAACGAAGGAACAAACGAAAUGGAGGUUUCUGGUCCGGAACACCAGGAGAGGGUUGUUUUCUCAAAAAUUUUGCGAAGGGUGCACGACUUAAUGCAGCAAGAGGAUGGGGCAGUACUGCGCAAACUCGAAGGACACCUUUUAGCUGUAUUGACAAGUGGGCAAGCACUCAGUUCAGGAGAAGCUGCAGUGGGGCAUUCUUUGGUUAACAGAGUGACCGUAUCCCUUUGAUUCUGUUUGCCGAAGAUUUUCCUCCUCUAUGCCGACAAUUCUUGAUUUCCUCGUUGUGUGAGAAACUUUCGAAGUCAACUCUGGACCCGUAAUAUAUAAUAUACCCA